UCUGCCUGCACUCACACAUGGAGCUGCUGCUCUCUGAUCGCUGUGCCUCUCAUGUUCCCACGCACUGUUAAUCAUUCUCCCACAUGCUCCUUCCUGCACGCACCUCUCUGCUUUUAUUUAUUUGAACCUCUUACUGGAAAGAUGAGAGGAGAGCGGUGGGAUUGUUUUUGUCUGAGAUUAACAGCAGCAGCAGAUGUUUGAAGAUAAUUGCCUUUCUUGAAGGGUGAGGAAUUUUUUCACUCUCCUUUAAGCGUGCCUAGUUUGUCCUCCAGAAGCGCACCUGUUGAGAUAUUAACGCAAACCAGCGAGAUGGAGAAAUAACCACGUGGGAAAAGAGGACAGGGAAUUUAAAAGGACACAUUAUGAACACCACGGAGCACCAUUGGUUGAUCCAAGGCUACCAUAACAGGAGUCAAACCUCAGGCAUUCUUCCACUGAACAAAGACUCCUCAGCCAAGGAGAAGGACUCAUCUGCAGGAUGCUACGAACAGCUGCUGAUUUCCACAGAAGUGUUCCUUACUCUGGGCAUCGUCAGUCUGCUGGAGAAUAUUCUGGUUGUUACCGCCAUAAUCAAAAACAAGAACCUUCACUCACCGAUGUACUUCUUCAUUUGUAGCCUGGCAGUGGCUGACAUGCUGGUCAGCGUCUCCAAUGCCUCUGAGACCAUCGUCAUAGCGCUCAUCAACGGAGGCAGCCUGACCAUCCCCGUUACGUUGAUCAAAAGCAUGGACAAUGUGUUUGACUCUUUGAUCUGCAGCUCUCUGUUGGCGUCUAUCUGCAGCUUGCUGGCCAUCGCCGUUGACCGCUACAUCACCAUCUUCUACGCUCUACGCUACCACAACAUUGUGACCCUGCGAAGAGCGAUGCUGGUGAUCAGCAGCAUCUGGACGUGCUGCACGGUGUCCGGCAUCCUGUUCAUCAUCUACUCAGAGAGCACCACGGUUCUCAUCUGCCUCAUCACCAUGUUCUUCACCAUGCUGGUGCUCAUGGCGUCGCUGUACGUCCACAUGUUCCUGCUGGCGCGCUUGCACAUGAAGCGCAUCGCAGCGCUGCCGGGCAACGCGCCCAUCCACCAGCGGGCCAACAUGAAGGGCGCCAUCACCCUCACCAUCCUCCUCGGGGUGUUCGUGGUGUGCUGGGCACCCUUUUUCCUCCACCUUAUCCUCAUGAUCAGCUGCCCCAGGAACCCCUACUGCACCUGCUUCAUGUCCCACUUCAACAUGUACCUCAUCCUCAUCAUGUGCAACUCCGUCAUUGACCCCAUCAUCUACGCCUUUCGCAGCCAAGAGAUGAGGAAAACCUUCAAAGAGAUUUUCUGCUGCUCACAUGCCCUCCUGUGUGUGUGAGUUGCCUGUCAGUCAUCUGCCACCCUGACAGAUACAAUCAGCCAUUUUAAUGAAAACCGGGCCGACAAGGACUUUGAGAUUCUGAGCUGUAAUCACUGUGGACUGGUUUGGCUCUGGUGUGUGGGUCGGCUGUAAAUGAUUGAUAUGCUUGACUUUGGGUACGUGAGUCAGGUUGCUCAAGAGGUAGGUUUACAAACACCUUGUAAUAUAGAUUAUCGCUCUGAAGACAAGUGCUAUAUUGUGUCGUGGUAAACGCCGUGCUAAAGUGCAAUUUGAAGUAAAUAUCACCACUGUGGAAAGUUUGAAAAACACAUGCUCACACUGGUUCAUUUACAAACCAUUUCUCUUUUAUCACACUUCCUGUUGUUCAGUGUCAAAGAAAAUGAAAAAUACCAUGCUUAUACAUAUUACCUUUAAUAUAAAUGAUAUUCUUUAUAUAUCGACAUGGCUUUUAAAUAUCACAGCUUUUGUAACAUAGUGUGUGUACUGUGUAUAUCUAGCAAAGAGAUAUAGUAUAGUAUAUGACAGACUACCUCCGUGUUUGAGAGUGUAAUCCACCUCUUAACAGAGACUGAGAAAACGUACUGUGGGAAAGCCUUAGUAAAUACUGCACCUCAGUGAACAACUGUCUGUCGAAUUUACUUUAACCUCACUGAUUUCCCGCUCGUUAUGUGCCACUCAUGAAGGAGGAGAUGAAAGCCAGUACAGGGAACAUCCACUGCAGCGGGCUUUUACCUUUGGCUUCUUCUCAAGUGAGAAACUUAGCGCACAUCAUUACACCUGCGACUUUCCAAGCUGCUCUAAAAAAAAGUCAAAAGAUCAAACAAGAUUCUGCUGAAAAUCACAGCACAUUAAAAAAUGACCACAGAUCUAACCGGCCCGCAUACCAACCAUUUUUUGGAGCUCGUGCAUGACAUUUAUUGACUGAGUGAAACAUAAUUACUGUAAUGAGGGUACUUUAUUGUCUGCCCUCAGUUAAGAAUGUAAAAAUGCAUAGAUUCUACACUCAGGAAUCAGAAAAGGUGUAUUUCUCAAGCACAACAUAUGGCACUUACUGAGCAUUUCUGGUGUAUGUAUAUAUAGCAGGACAAAAUGUUAAAAUGCAGGUUGACGUGGAACCUUUAUUGUGUAUUCCCAGUGUGUGGCUCCACAGUGGUGGCUUUACACCCUAUCUGAUCAGGGGUGAAGUUUUUGUAAACCCUCACCUCUGAUUUCCCCUGUGACGCAGGGCAGCAGAGAGGAGAUUUUUAAAGCAGGGAUGAAUUGAAAAUUUAAUCAAUGUUGAGCAAAUCAUGAUUUUCGUCGGAGCAGAAAACAAUAUCAGAAGUCCCCGCUUACUCAUGACAUCUGUCGAUUUCCAAUCAAAGCUCUUGUGAAUCUGUGCUGUGUAUAGAUAUGUGUGUACAUUUGCACACAUGGGUUGUUCUCACUCUCUGCAUGUACCAGUGAACACAUCUAGAGAUCUAUUUUUCAUCAUGUUUAUGAAAAAGGAGCGAUUUUACUGAAUGUAUUUUUCUGAAUGUGUUGUGUAACCUGCUUUUUCUCCUCGCCUUAAAUAUAUUGCACUGUGAUGUAAAGAGCAAACUUAUCCUCUGUGACAGUAUUUGAGAAACUGAUGUAAUCAGUCUUUAUUUGUUGCUAUUUUCAAUAUUGCCUUGUUUAUUUAUGCCUUUUUUUUUACUCAAAGUGCAUAUCGAGCUUAUGAAAAACAAGAAAACAGAUGCCAAUAGGUGUCCCAUUAUCUGUUGAAAGCUUCGCCUGGAAUUUGAUUCAUGUGUGCUGAAAUGAAGCUGUUUGCUUGACCAAUGCAUCGUCUGUUUUCACAGAACCACGCUACAAAGAAACCUAAAUAAAUCAUA